AUGGCGUGUUUUUAUAAAAAUUGUGAUAAAUUAAAAAUAACAAUACCUAGAGUUGAAGAAAAAAAUAAAUUUACUGUGUAUGAAAUACAAAUCGAGGUUGACGAUGUGAAAUGGUCUGUUUUUCAUCGUUUUCGUGAUUUCGCCCAAUUGCAUGAUGUUUUAGUUGCGAGUCAUAGUGUUGCUAAAGAUUUGUUACCUCCUAAAAAAGUUAUCGGAAACAAAGAGCCAACAUUUAUUGAAAAAAGAAGGAAUGGAUUGGAAAAUUACUUAAUAACAGUUGUUAGAUUUUUGCAAAAGACAAUGCCCAGAGAAUUAGCUCAUUUUUUAGAUUUUCAGUAUUAUGACAUACAAUUUCUUCUAUAUUCUUUAGCUGAAAAAUUUUACAUGGAAGAUGAAGAAUCGGUUUUAAAGUCUCACAUAUUUACUCCAUUAGAGUUACAUGCUAUUAGCGAGAGGCUAAAGCAACCUUGUGUAAAUUUUGGACAAAUCGAUUUAAAACAAGAUUUUAGUCAUGUGUUGGAUUAUUGUACACGAUUAAAAGAACUCAAAAUUCAUGGCAGUGUUAAUGCAGUCAAAAACAGCAACAUAAUUCCGAAUAAACUUUCAUAUGAGUUCAGUUCGUUCAAAUCGCUUGAAAAAUUAUAUUUAAGAAAUGUUAAUUGUGAUAUGAUUGUCGAUUUUGGAACAUUAAGAUCAACAUUAAAAACUAUAGAAAUUCAUAAUUCCAAUAUUGUUAAUUUAUCUGAAAUUUUACUCUGUGAUCAAGUGCACAGAGAUGAAAUAGAUGUUAACGGGCCAAAUGUAUUUAAAAAUAUUAUCAACGCUGAUUUCAGCGAUAAUAAUUUAACAUCCAUCGAUAAAUCCAUACAAUUAUUACCUAAUGUAGAGUCAUUAAAUUUUGAGGGUAAUAAAAUAAAAGAUUUGCAAUUUUUAAAUUCUUUAAUUAAAUUAAAAUAUCUUAAUUUAUCAGCGAAUCAUUUUAAAAGCACACAAAGUUUAGAAAUAAAAUUAUGUAAGAUAGUUUUUUUAGACAUGUCGCAGAAUCAGUUGACAACUCUCAGGGAAUUUGCAAAAUUAUACUCGUUGGAAACAUUAAAUGUUAGUUCGAAUAAAAUAUCGGAUGUUUCAGAAAUUAAACACAUAUCAAAUCUUCCUUGUUUGGAAAAUUUGAUUCUAACUGGAAAUUCAAUUUCUUUUAUCGUCGAUUAUAGGUUAAAAGUAUUGGAAUUAUUCGGUAAUAGAGUUUCUGAAAUUUGUUUAGACAAUGAAAAACCAAAUCAAAAAGAAUUGGAUAAGGUAGCCAUAUUGCAAGCUAUUAGGUUAGCUAAAGAAGGACAAAGAAAAUAA